AUGAUCGUCGACGUUUGGUCACAGCUCGCGCGGUCCGGGACCGAGAAGAUCGCCGCCGCCGCCGCCCCGAACCACGACCGCUCCAUAUUCCGCCCUCGCGCCGCGCCGUCGUACGGCGGGCUCGGAGAGGUGUUCAUCCCGCUUGAGAGCGAGCGUCUCGUCAACGCACUCACGGCCGGGAGCUCCCUGGUCGUUCGCACCUACUACGUCGAGCAGCGGGACCUCGACAUGCUGCGCGUGCAGGCGAGCGCCAGCGAGGAGCGCGGCGCGAGCGCGAGCCGCGUCGAGGCGGCGUGCGCGUACCUGUGGAAGGUCCUGGCCGGCGUGGUGGGGUCGUCGGACGACAGGUGCCGCAUGGGCUGGUGGGUGAACGGCCGGCCGUGUCUCGCCAAAAAGGAAGCGGCUAUGCGCAGCUACGUCGGUAACGUCACGUCGUUCGCGGUGGCGGAGGCGAGCGUGGACGCGAUCAAGCGGCGGCCGCUCCCGGAGGUCGCGUCGAUGGUGCGCCAGUCGAUCAGGGCGACGGCGACCUCCGAGCACUUCCAGGAGCUGGUGGACUGGGUGGAGGAGCGCAAGGGCAAGGGUCCAGGCAAGUACGUGGAGACGGCAACCGUCGGGCUGGGCAGCCCGGUGCUGAGCGUGACGUCCAUGGUGUCCUUUGGCCUCGACACUGACUUCGGCUUCGGGCAAGCCGCCAUAGCGAUGCCGACGUGGGUGGACAGCGGGAGGCUCUGCUGCGGCUUCGUGAUGAUCAUGGCGAGCCCGGGAACGGGAGGCCACGGCGGUGGCUCCUGGAUCUUCACCAUGUCCAUUUGGCCGAGGCUGGCCGCCGCGCUCGACUCCGAUGCCCACCGCAUCUUCAAGCCUCUGACCGCGGAGUAUCUCGGCCUCGCUCAGUAUAGCCGGUUCUGA